UUUUAUUUUCAAAGAAGCACUGAUAUCAGUUACUUCAAAGCAACAAGUUUUUAUUUUUCUCCAAAAUGCCCCAAAGUAUUUUUUCACAACGUUAUAAUUUGAAAAGGAUUGAAAUGAAUGCUUAUUUUGACGAUGUGUUUCGGAAGAUUUCUCUACUUCCGAAAAUUGGUAAAACUCCGGAAUUGAAGAGCACCUUUCAACCAUUGACUAAAGAACAAAUAAAUUUGUCAAGUUAUCAAGAGAAAGAAAAGAAGUUGCUUAAGUCAAGUGAUUGGUACGACAGUGAUCAGAUUUCAAUAACAACACGAUAUCAUUUGGAAUCUAACUUCGGUUGCCUUUUGAUGGAUAGAUACUCUGAAAGUAACUAUAAGGCUAAGCUGAACUUGAAAGAACCAUCGAAAGACCCUAUGGUCCUAGACAACCAUAUGAGUUCAAUAGAAUCACCAAUAUCCUUAUCUAAAAAUCAAGAUUCUCAGGAAGCACCACAAAAUCCCGAAUAUUUCGUUUCUAAGCCAAAGAAGUCUCCCGGUAAUUUAAAAAUAUCUUCGGAUAACAUCAAAAAGAAACGCCGUAAUAGUCGUUUUUCAAAACAACCCAAGUCGUAUGAAUGUGAGCGUUGUCAAAAGAGUUUUGAUCGUCCAUGGGUACUAGCCGGGCACAUGCGCUUACACACGGGUCAGAAGCCUUUUGUUUGUCCUAAUGAUUCAUGCAAAAAGAGCUUCGCGGAUAGAUCAAAUUUGCGAGCUCAUCAGAAAAGUAAAGGACAUCAUGAUUGGCCAUUUCAAUGUCCACAAUGUGCGAAACCAUUUAGCACACAAACUUAUUUAAAUCGUCACAACUUGCAGGCAUGCAGGAAAUUCCUAACUCAUCACAUGAAAUAAAUUGUUUUCGAGUUCAAAAU